GUUCAAAUCAGACGCCCUUGUUGGAUGCUGGGGGGUGGGCUAGGGAGUGGUGCGGUGUUUACCAGCAGCCCUGGCCGGUAUGGGGCAGAGGAGAGAGGGGAGAGGAGAGGGAGGGAAAAAAAGAGAGAGAGAGAGAGCGAGAGAGAGCAACCGGCCUCGCGAUCGAGGACGAAAAACAACAGGGCCGGCCAACCAGGUUAACAGCCGUUGCGCUAGCAAGCAGGCCUGCCAGGGCGACGGCGGGGAACCCACGAGAAAACAAGCAGACGACAAAAUGCGCUCACAAGUUGACGAGUGGGCUCCUGGCUGGCGUGGAGAUGAUGGUCGGGAAAAGCAUGCUCGCCGCCCACGACUGUCCUCGCCGCCCACGACUGUCCUCGCUGUCCUCGCCAGGCGCGGCUCUCUGGCCAGCAGGCAGUGCCCUGCCUCUGCCUGCCCGCUGCUGGGCAGCUUUGUCGGCUGUGGGCCCUGGUGCACACGCGAGAUUACAUAGCUUGCAUAUCUUGAUGUGCAAGCCGUGAUGGAAUAAGGUCUGUUGCCCGCAAAUAUACUUAGCCUGGGUGCUAAGUAUGGGCAGUGGAUGGAGCCUGCCUGCUGUUUGCGCACCACGCCCCCUCCUCCUGCUGCUCCUCCUCCUGGUUUUGCUUACCGGCUGCGCACACCCCCCCGUUCGCUGUCUUCGUACCUGUCUGUCUCCAUGUUUCCCAUAUCGCCGCUCACGUAUACCUCCCACCAUGCCAUGCCCAUGGCAGACCGUACCAUAGCGGCCGCUCCAAGUCAGUCGAUCCAGCAACGCCUUGUCCUCCUUCUCUCUUGGAGCCCACCCCCCUGUCCGCACCACCCCCACAGCAGCCCACCACGUCCCUGAUUAUGACCCAAUCUGUCCUGGCUUCUCUGUAUCGUAACCGUGGUCGCGAAGACGCAAGUCGCAAGGGAAAU